AUGCCCGCUCCUCUUCAUCCCCACGUGAAGCAUAGCUCUUCCUUUGCCAAAGAGAAACACAACAAUGAACCUCCGAGAGUGCAGGUCUCAUACGAAGACGAAGAUGCCCUCGCCGAUAUCCAUCACACAUUAACCGCUCAAACUCACCCGGAUCCCAAGUACCCGGAACCGCACUCCUCUUUCGACAAGUUCCUCGAGGAACAAGUCCAGGGCAAGAAACCUGCCAACCUCGGCGUCUGUUUUCAAUCUCUCUCAACCUGGGGCGACGGGGACUCCCACGCAGAUGUAAAGACCUUCGCCACAGCCCUGUGGCGGACCCUCACCCUACAGGAUGUCUAUGAAUGGACGAUCCAGCCAUGGAUCGCGAAGAAGAUGCCCGAGCAUGGGCGUCCGCUGAUACGCGAUUUUUCCGGAGUCGUGCAGAGCGGAGAGAUCAUGCUCGUUCUGGGUCGUCCUGGUGCCGGCUGCUCGACCUUUCUGCGAACUAUCGCUGGCCACCACUCUUCUUUUUUGGGUGUCACGGGCUCAAUCGAUUACUCCGGUCUCAGCUCAGAUGAAGUUAGGAAGCACUACCGUGGCGCUGUGGCCUACAUCCCCGAGGACGAUGUGCAUUUCCCCACCCUGACCGUGCGCCAAACGCUCGAGUUUGCACUGCAGAGCAAGACUCCCAAGCGCUACCGGGAGCGGAUUCCCCGGUACCUGGAGAUCUAUGGGCGGGUUUUUGGUAUGUCACAUACCAUGAACACGUUGGUGGGGAAUGGGUAUAUCCGCGGUGUGUCUGGAGGAGAGCGCAAGCGUAUCUCUAUCAUUGAAUCUCUCGCUACCGAUUCGUCAGUAGCAUGUUGGGAUAAUUCCACGAGAGGAUUGGACGCAUCCUCUGCACUCGAUUAUGCACGCAGUUUGCGUAUCAUGACCGAUACAUGUGGCAAAGCAACCUUGCUUACUUUAUACCAGGCCUCGGAUGCUAUCUACGAACUGGUGGAUAAGGUGCUGCUCAUUGAUGAAGGCCGCAUGCUGUACCAAGGACCUGCCAACGGGGCGAAGCGUUACUUCGAAGAUCUGGGCUAUGAGUGCGCUGAUAUGCAGACGACUUCGGAUUUCCUGACCAGUAUCACCCUGCCCGAAAGACGGCGCUUCCAUGCCGGAUGGGAAAACCGUGCGCCGAAGGGCCCCAUCGAACUCGAAGCCGCUUUUCGCCAGAGUGCUGCGUUCGCUAACAUCGAGACGGCUGUCGAAAGGUACGAAGAUCAGAAGUCCGGUAGGUCUUCCAGUGCGUAUCCGGCGGAUUCGGAGUGCGACAGCGUGGAGGUAUUCAAGAAGACUGUGCAAAAUGAUAAGUCGCGCUUCGUCUCGUCCAAGUCGCCAUAUACGAUUUCGCUUUUCCGACAGGUCGUUCUUUGCGCUAAGCGUCAGAUGUGGCAGUUGAGAGGGCAUAUGGGCCCGCUGUACAUCAAGUUAAUUUCUUGCGUGGUCUAUGGGUUGUUGAUUGGGUCUAUGUUCUACGAUCAGCCUCAGACCACCGAGGGUAUGUAUUCACGUGGAGGUGUGCUCUUCUACUCUUCUAUUUUGCUUGCCUGGCUGCAGAUGUCGGAGUUGGAAGAAGCUAUGCAGGGUCGCGAUAUCCUGAGCCGACAGAAGAAAUUCGCCUUCGUGCGGCCCAGCGCUGUAUGUCUGGCCCGAGUGCUCUCAGAUAUGGUGAUAACUGUGUUUUUGACUUUUUUGUAUUUGAUUGUCAUGUACUUCCUGUCCGGUCUACGGUCUGAUGCCGGUCCCUUCUUCAUCGAUGGCCUCUUCAUUUACACGAGUACGCUCUGCCUCACGGCGCAAUUCCGUGUCUUUGCCGCUCUAUCGCAGAACUUUGAAGUUGCUCUUCGCUACUGUGGAGUUUCUGUUAUGUUUUGCAUCGUGUUCGGCGGCUACGUUCUCUCCGUCGACAAGAUGAUUCAAGAUGUUCCUUGGGUUGGAUGGAUUGCAUAUACAACUCCUGCUCUGUAUACAUACGAAGCAGUCAUGGCCGCCGAGUUCCACAACGUUAACUUUUCCUGCGCGGCAGCCUCCAUUAUCCCAUCCGGUUCGGAAUAUACCGACCUCGCAUAUCAGACCUGUGCCUAUGCUGGUAGUCAAAUUGGCAGCACCGUCGUGAAUGGCGAUGACUACCUGGCUGCGAGAUAUGGAUUCUACUACAGCAAUGUCUGGCGUAAUUUCGGGAUUCUCUGUCUUUUCACAGUCGCCUUUAUUGGGAUGACCUGUUGGCUGAGUGAGGUGCUUGAGUGGGAGCUGGAUAGUGCUGGCCCUAUCCAGUACAAGGGCUUGCGGAAGCUGUUCAAGCGGGAGAAGAAAGUUAAGUCUGAUGAAGAGGAAUCGCCUGUCUCGAUUGAUUCUGCAGCGCCACCUGUUGGUCAUGAAACAAAGCAUGACCAGACCCUUACAGCUACCGAGUCUACUUUUUCCUGGUCUGACUUGGAGCUCAAUGUGCAAAUUGGCAAGGAGACAAGGAAGAUUUUGGAUGGGGUUUGUGGAUACUGCAAACCAGGGUCUUUGACUGCUCUCGUUGGUGCCUCGGGAGCAGGCAAGUCUACAUUGUUGACUGCACUCACUCAAAGAGAGAGUCCCGGCACCUUUUCCGGGUCUCUAUUCGUGGACAACCGGUCAAUUGACCAGUCCUUCAACCGACAGAUUGGAUAUUGCCAGCAAAUGGACAUCCACGACGAAAGCAGCACGAUCAAGGAAGCGUUCGAGUUCUCUGCCCUGCUACGACAAAGCCACGAAGUUCCAACGGCGGAAAAGCUGGCAUACGUGGAAACGGUGAUUCACACAUUGGACUUGGUUGAAUUACAAGAUGCAGUGAUCGGGUCUUUGGAUAUCGAGAAGAAAAAGCGGGUUACUAUUGGAGUGGAGCUGUGCGCUCGACCGAACCUGCUUCUUUUCCUAGAUGAACCGACAAGUGGACUCGACAGCCAGGGCGCAACUAGUAUCGUCGCUCUGCUACGACGUCUCGCCAACCAGGGACUGGCGGUUCUCUGCACUAUCCAUCAGGCUAACCAGCAGCAAUUCGAAGAGUUCGACCGCGUCUUAGCCCUGAGCCCUGGCGGAAGCACAUACUACUUCGGCCCAGUCGGUGAAUCUGGCCACGCAAUCUUCGAGUAUUUUGCAAGACACGGCAACAUUCCGGAAAAAGUCACCAACGCAGCCGACUUCCUCAUCGAAGUAGUCGUCGGCGGCAUGAAAGCCUCGGGAAACCCAACGAAUUGGGCAGCCAUCUGGCGCAACUCAGAAGAAUUCGCCGAGGUCAAGAAUGAGAUCGCUUCAAUUCGCUCCGACAAGAAUACCCGUCCCUCUUCCCUGCCCCCAACCCUACCCCCUCUCAGUCAACAGAUCAUACUCCUCACUCAACGGACCUGUCGCCAGUUUUGGCGCACCGCGGAGUACCCAUACUCGCGUCUUUACUCUUCCUUCCUCCACGCUCUUAUCAACGGCCUCACCUACCUCCAGAUCGGCAAUAGUACGACGGACCUUCAGUCGAAGGCGUUCUCUUGCUUCCUUGUCCUGAUGCUGGUUCCCGAGUUUAUCAACGCUAUAUCUAUGCGCUUCAUCAUGAACCGCGAUAUCUGGUUGGCAAGAGAAGGCCCAAGUGGUGUAUACGGCUGGGUAGCAUUCUGCACAGCGCAGAUCAUCUCCGAGAUCCCCUAUUCCGUCCUCGGUGCCGUAGUCUUCUUCGUUCUAUACUAUUUUAUGGUGGGAUUACCACUCGGCUUCGCAGCCGGCUACUGUUUCCUGAUGUUCUUCCUUUUUUUCCUAUUCGCGACCUCGUGGGGUCAGUGGAUUGCCGCUCUGAGCGCCGACUCAAUGGUCGCCGCUACCCUCAUGCCCUUCUUCAUUAUCAUGUGUGAGCUCUUCAACGGUAUCCUCCGUCCGCAAUCUCAGAUGCCUGCCUUUUGGAAGUAUACAAUGUACUACGUCACACCGUUCACUUACUGGAUUGGUGGGGUGCUCACCUCCGUUCUCCGUGGUACCGCUGUCGUUUGCUCUCAGACUGAAUUGACUAUCUUCGAGAGUCCGCCCAACACUACUUGCAGUGAGUACGCGGGCCCGUGGCUUGAUGCGAAAGGCGUUGGGUAUCUCUCCAACCCGGAUGAAAAAGGCGAGUGUGGAUAUUGUGAAUAUAGCUUUGGUGAUGAUUACUUGUCUGGAAUUGGUCUGGGUUCAUCCAAGAUCUGGCCGUAUUUCGGUAUAUUUCUUGCUUUUACCGUUACUAACUACUUGCUGGUCUUUUUACUGGUUUAUUUGCGGUCUGUUAUGAAGCCGCUUUGGCUGUCAAAGUAG